AUCGUGUCCGUGACCGUGACCACAAUCCUCCUUCCAAACUUGAACUUCCCUCUGCUUCGAAUGGUAUCUUACGAUCGAAGGGUUUGUGAGGGUUUAAGAUAAACUUAACCUAAACCCUAAUUUUCCCAAUUCCUUCUCUCGAUCUUCCACUCACUCUCCAUAUAACCGAAAUUGCGAACCUAUUCUCUCUCACCGCAUGCACUCAGAUCCAAUCAGGACCUUCCCAUUACCGGUCUGGUAGAGUUGAGUUUUGGGAUAAUGAAUAAUAGUGUGUUGGCGAAUGUAUUUUGGGUUUUCAAGUGAUAUGAAGUGCUGAAUAUGAGCAAUGGCGGUGGGAAGACUGGAAGACAGCUUGAACAGCCUACCACAUGGAGGAGGAGGAAAGUGGGUGGCAGUGAUGACUUUGCCCAAGCAAUUGCGAAGAUUGCGGUAGCGCAAGUAUGCGAGAGGGAGGGUUUUCAGGCGUUUCAGCAGUCUGCUCUUGAGACGUUAUCGGACGUUGUGGCUCGGUAUAUUUUGAACAUUGGGAAAUCUGCAAAUUACCAUGCCAAUCUUGCGGGUAGAACUGAAUGCAAUGCUUUUGAUGUCAUUCAAGGGUUGGAAGAUAUGGGAUCAGGGCAGGGGUUUGUGGGUGCUUCUGAUGUUGAUCAUUGCCUUGGAAGUUCAGGCCUUAUUCGUGAAAUUGUUCACUUUCUUAAUAAGGCUGAACCAAUUAUGUUUGCACACCCUAUUCCUCGGUUUCCUGUUGUGAAAGAACGAGUGCUGAAUCCAAGUUUUCUGCAAAGAGGAGAAGAGCCUCCAGGGGAGCAUAUCCCUGCUUGGUUGCCAACGUUCCCUGAUCUACAAACUUAUGAACAGUCACCUACAGUGAAUGGAAGGGGGACAGAACCCCGUGCUGCCAAAUUUCAGCAAGAAAGAGAGAAUGGCAAGGGGGAGCGACCUCUGUUGAAUUUGCAGCAGCAGAUGGUCUCAAAUAUGUUUGAAAAGACAACUGUGAUUGACCCUGCUGAUGCCAAGGCAAAAAGAGUAGCAGCAGAAAGUAAUCCGUUCCUUGUGGCACCUUUGAAGAUUGAGGACAAGGAAGUUGCUUCUGUUCCUCCUCCAGCUAAGCUUUUUAAUGACAUAGCUUCAGACAAUCCUGUUGUGGAAAAUUUUGUUGAAAAUGAAUCAAUUUCAGUAUUGGAGACAUUUGCUCCUGCAAUUGAAGCGAUGAAAAGCUCAUGCUGUGAUUCCAAAGAAGAUCAGACAAAGUUUCCUGUGAAUGAGAAGCCUACUGUGCGUUUUAAGAUUGGGACUAAAAAUAAAUUCUUAGGCAGGUCCAUUGGUUUGAUCCCACAAAAAGAGGAGCAUAAAAAGACUUUGCCAUGGUUUGCAAUGGAAGAUGAGAAGGAUGACAGGAAAAGGAGGGCAGAGAAAAUUCUAAGGGAAUCUUUGGAAAACCCAGAUCAGCUUGUUCAGUUGUAAAUUAGAUUGCUUUAAUUAGAAUCUGUAUACUUGAUCAGGAGAAUGUCAGGAUAGCUAGUUCUGGGAUAUUUCAAAUCUAGGUAACUGUCUGGUUAUGGGCAUUAUAGGUUGGAUGCUACUAUUUUGCUCAGAUUUUCAGUUUUUAACAAUCUUUCAGGUAUGUGCAUGUCAAUUGCUUGGUAGAUCAAUUUAUGAUUCUUUUUAUUGAAGUCCAUUGGCACUCUGUAUGAUCUUCUGCUAAAUUUAGCAUACAAAAACAUCUCUACUUCUGACUUGUGGUAGUUGCUUUGUAUCGUGUGUUGAACUAUUUUAUAUUACAGUCAAUGCUACAUCUACG